GUUUCAUUCUGUACGGAGGUGGCGUGCAUAAUGCAGGCGAGAAUCGGUAUCCUACACUAUCGCAAUGAGCUCAAGCAGGCAAUUGACCACCAAAUAAGGGGUAGAAUGGAGGGGUGAUCUCAGUCUUAUCGCAGAUCAGGGCUCUUCCAGAUGGGACUGAUGUAAUCAGCAUCCGUAAGACAGUUUUGGAAAUCUCUCAUUCUGAGGGCCCGGUUUGUUUACUUUGGCGUUUUUCUUUCAAUGUGGGAUUUGGUGGCAUGGUAGGAUUCAGUAUUUCAAUAUAUGAGCCAGCGAAGCAAUGGCGACUAUUGGUGGAAGCUCUACAAGAAGUCUUCAUGGUUGUUGGACGUGCCGUGUCCGGAAGAAGAAGUGUCCAGAAAAUAGACCAUCAUGUUCAACAUGUGUCUCACUCAAAAUCAAAUGCUUCGGUUAUGGCGAAAGGCCAUUGUGGAUGGAUUCAGGGCCUCUUCAAAAAGAGCAAGCAUUGACUUUGAAACGACGUAUCAGUCAAAGCAAACGUCGGAGGAGAACUCGAAGGGUCCCAGAUACCGCUUCGCCACCACCAGACCAAAGUAAAGAUUUGAGUACGGUGCAUGGGGAAGCAUCACACAAUGCGGAAUCAGUAUCAAGCGAUUCCUCAGAUCAGAACCAGGUUGUUGAAGGGAACUGGGAUCUCGACGUUCUCAAUGAUUCGCAACUUCAAAUCUGGAGCCAUGACUUGGAUUUGGGACUGCUGAAUGAAGAUUUCAUAAAUGGGAUAUCCCAGGACAACAUUCCUGCUGGAGGCUCUUUUCAAGCUUAUACUGGAGACGCAAAUAUCGACUGGCUGGGGUACGACCUGCAUGGUGGACUUUCGUCAAAAGUGGCCAAAGUAGGUGCAGGGGCAAUGGCGUCCCCGGAAUGCGAUGAAAGCAUUCCUCGGAUAGGUGACACGCAACCAAUCUUGAAUUUAUUUCCGGUCAAUAUGCCGCCAGCUGAUGAUCAUUCCAGUCUUGCUCAGUUGCCUUCCACCACUUCAAGUACUGGUAAAAUGGGUCAUAUCUCCGAUAACUUGCUGGCAAAGGUUCCGUUUGAAGAAGAAAUUGAAGAUAUCUUGACUAUAAACUACUUGGACGAAGUUUUCUUCAUGCAAUAUCCUUUCUAUAACACACCACGUAAACAGACUCGCGGCUGGCUGUUUUCGGCAAUGACACGAGUAGAAUCGAUACGUUUUGCGACUCUGGCUCUCAGCGAAUACACCAUACAGUCUAAAACUACUUCCAGAACUUCAACGCAGCCAAAGACACCCCCUUACUAUGAUCUCGCAAUAAAGGCAACCCAAUUGGAUACCAAGACCUGUGAUGAUACUGGUGUUUCCUGCUUAACGCUUAAGCUGGAGAGAAUGUUUUGCGGUCUGCAGAUGCUGUUCUAUCAGAUUUUCGGCAAGAGAACUUCAACCUGGCGAUAUGACCUUCAAACAGCUGCCAGGUUCGUUCCAGGCGUGGUACGAGAUAUGGUGCAGCAGACCAAAGUUACCUAUGGGGAACAAGAACCCAAAGAAGACUCCAAGUCCGGGCGAGUUGGAGCAGUGGCUUGCGGUGUCGACAUAGGAAGCAAGCUGAUCCUUGGUUCCGUUGUAUGGCUUGACAUCUUGUGGUCCGCGUCCACCAGAUCUCCACUAUCAACAGAUUUGGAUCACCGAAGAAUCCUUGAUACAUUCGAAAUCGAGCUUGGUGGUCUAUUUGGAUGCACAAGCCGCGUUGCACUCUUACUUCACGAUAUCGUACACCUGGACAAUUGGAAAAAGAUGACUGAGGUGGCUCGCAAAUUAAGUAUGACCGAGUUGGUCAAACGUGGUGCUGAAAUCGAAACUCUCCUUCAACAAGAAUUAGCGCACCUUCAAGGGUCUGGUGCAACAUCGAGCCAGAAUUUCACAGCAAGUCAACUCGAGAUCUCCAGCAUAUUCGCGCGCUCAGCACUUACAUAUCUUCACAUUGUAAUUUCUGGAGCUCACCCGGAGAUGCCAGAAAUAGAAGAAAGCGUGUCAUUAACUUUAUCCGCCUUCCGCUCUAUGACGGAUCCCAAAUUGCUACAGAGCCUGGCGUUGCCUUUUUGUAUCACAGGAUGUUUGGCGGUCGAAAAUCAACAACCAAUUUUUCGAGAACUAAUGAUGAAAGCUGAAAUCACUACUCCAAGAGGAAGGGGCUGCUUAGAAGCAAUAGGUAUCAUAGAGCAAUGUUGGGAAAUGAGGAGAACGUGUUACCAUAGCUGUGACUGGGCUUUCAUAAUGGAGAGGCGAGGGAACAGUUUCAUUCUCUUCUGAAGC